GAUAUUGUUCAUAUACUGAGUUUCAGCAGCAGAGGUCUGCAAGUACGUUAUUUAUUCUCUAUUCUAUACGUUUUUAUUCUGCCGGCGGUGUCUUGGGCAUUUUUUGGUGUUAACGAAUGUUAAAGAGCGUUUGACCUUAACAUUGCUAAGAGGAGCUUAAGCCAGGUGAAUGUUGGGAGUUCGAGCCCUGUUUGGCAUCGGUCUUCUCGUGACGUCGCGAGGAGUCUCCGUCCUGACCCAUACAGGAGCAUGCGCGCGUGUUGCCAGCGACAUCUACACUAAAGAUCUCGCUCACAGACAGGCUUGCACCAUGGCCAAUACAAUCAAGUACCUGGGCCAAGAAGAGGCUCAGCACAUUGACGAGGAGCUGUUCAACGAGUACAGCUUCAGUGUGGAUCAGUUAAUGGAGCUGGCCGGUCUCAGCUGUGCCUCAGCUGUGUCAAAGGGCUAUCCUGUGCAAUCGCUGCUCAAGAGCACACCUAGAGUCCUGGUGAUCUGUGGACCGGGAAAUAACGGAGGCGAUGGGUUGGUUUGUGCUAGACAUCUCAAACUGUUUGGAUAUGAGCCUUCCGUAUUGUACCCAAAGCGCCCCAGCAAACAGCUGUUCCAGAAUCUUACCACCCAGUGUGAGAAGAUGGAUAUAUCCUUCCUGACAGAGAUGCCUGAGGCUGAUGUGAUUGAUGAAGUGUAUAAUUUGGUGGUGGACGCCAUCUUUGGAUUCAGUUUUAAGGGUGCUGUGCGAGAGCCUUUCGGCGACAUCCUCUCCCAGCUGAAGAAGAUAACCGUGCCCAUUGCUAGCGUUGACAUACCUUCAGGUUGGGAUGUGGAGAACGGCUGUCCUGACGGGAUUCAGCCUGACAUGCUCAUCUCCCUCACGGCCCCUAAGAAAGCAGCCAAUCACUUCAAAGGACGCUACCACUUCCUGGGAGGACGCUUCGUUCCUCCUGCGCUUGAGCAGAAGCACCAACUGAAUCUGCCUCAAUACCCGGGCACUGACUGUGUUUAUCAGCUGAACUGAGCAUUAAGCCCUUCAACUCCUUUUUGUGCGUUUGAUUAAAACAACUACAAUAACUGUAGAUAUGGAUUAAUCGGCAUCAGUCAGCAAUUGUGCAACUGCUUAUUGCCGAGCAUUGUUUCAGAAUGUUUCGGAGGAAUCGCUCUAGUUAGUUAUGUCUGAAUUUAUAAAAGUAUCAAAUUAAAAUGGAUAUUUAGGUUUUGACGUUUGACAAAGCCUGAAUAAUUACUGCA